GGGGGCGGCUCGGGCUCCCCCCCGGAGGGAGGCGGGGAAGGCGGCGGAGGCGGUGCGGAGGAGCUGCCGGUGUCCCGCUGCUCUCCCACCGCCCCGAACUGACCGGACCCAGCCCCGGCCCGCCCCGGGCAGCCCCGAGCCCCAGCGGGCACCCAACAAGCAGCCGUGUUGGCCCCAAGCUGCUGCUGUGGGCACCAUGAGGGGUCUCUGGGCCCUCACACUUGUGGGGCUCAUCAGUGCCUGUGAGGGGAAGGAGCUGCCAGCAGCAGAAGGGCAGCCGUGCCCACAGCUCUGGGACGAGGAUCUGGUUGGGGCCAAGUAUGAAAACGUCACAGGUUUUAACCUGAUCAAACGUUUUGACCUGCUGAAGAUCUCCUCCAUCAAGAAAAUCCGCAACCCCAGGGGCCCCGUGGUGCUGAGGCUGGGUGCUGUGCCGCUGGUCCAGCCCACACAGCAGGUGUUUCCCCACGGACUGCCCCCUGCCUUCACCCUCAUCUUCACCUUGCUGCUGAAGAAGAACAGCACCGGGGAGCAGUGGUACCUCUUCCAGGUCACCGACCGACAAGGCUACCCCCAGCUCUCCCUGGCUGUGCAUGGCCCUGAGAAGAGCCUGGAGUUCCAGGCCAGGGCGAUGGGCAGCGGCUUCGCCAGCGCUGUCUUCGCGGGCAAGGCGGUGGCAUCCCUCUUCGACGGGCGGUGGCACAAGGUGGCGGUGGCCCUGCAGAGCCAUGCCAUCUCCAUCCACCUCGACUGUGCCUCCAUCUUCUCCAAGCCCUUGGCACCUCGCAGGACGCUGGUCCCAGAGGGCAACACCUUCCUGGGGCUGGAUGCUGUGCGUGGCACCCCGGUGCGGUUUGACAUCCAGCAAGCUCAGAUCUACUGCGACGCUGAGCUGGCCAGGCAAGAAGGGUGCUGUGAGAUCUCAACCAGUGGGUGCCUCACUGAAGCGCCCAAGACUCGCCGGCAGGCGGAGCUGAUGCAGAGCAGCAACCUCAUCGAGAUCUCCCCACAGCCUGAGGGCAGAGUCUACACUCGCUGCUUCUGCCUGGAGGAGCCACUGGGCAUGGAACCAGCCAAGAAGCCAGGGGGGACUGGGCUGAAGGGAGACCUUGGGGAGAAGUGCCCACCCUGCUCGACACAGAUGCCCUCAGCAAACGUCACACUCGGUCCCCCGGGCCCAAAGGGUGGGAAGGGCGAGCGAGGGCUGCCUGGCACUGCUGGUGACAAGGGGGAGAAAGGCCAACGUGGUGCUGACUGUGUGCGAACCCACCCUGGUGCCCCCAUCCAGUGUGCCGAGGGGCCGAGGGGUGAGAAGGGAGAGCAUGGGGAAGCGGGUCUCCCAGGAGCAGCUGGCACUGAUGGGCAGAAGGGCCAGAAGGGUGAGAAGGGUGAUGGAGGACUGCAGGGCAAGCCAGGGCGUCCAGGGCGCGAUGGCCGACCUGGAGAGAUUUGUGUGGUGGGGCCCAAGGGCCAGAAGGGUGACCCUGGCAUCGUGGGUCCCGAGGGGCUGGCUGGUGAGCCAGGACCCCCAGGACAGCCAGGACCUCCAGGGAUUGGCUUGCCAGGGAAACCGGGUGACCCUGGUGGCCCCCCGGGUCUAAAGGGAGAAAAGGGCAGCUCAGGAGCUCCUGGACCUGGAGGAUCGCCUGGCACCCCUGGCCCCCCUGGCAUGCUGGGGCCAAAAGGAGACAAGGGUGAGCCAUGCGAGGUGUGCCCCACGCUCUCUGAGGGCACGCUGGGUGCCAUCGGGCUGCCUGGCAAGCCGGGAGCCAGGGGAGCUCCUGGACCACCUGGCAAGGAUGGGGUCUCGGACAGACCUGGCCCUGCAGGACCCAAAGGGGACAGGGGAGAUCCUGGCAUCCACGGGCUGAAAGGGGAGAAGGGGGACUCCUGCCUGUCCUGUGAUGCCCGCGUCCUCGCCGCACUGCUGCGGGCCCCCCCCGAGGGGCAGGAGGGUGACCCAGCACCGGUGCCACUGCAGGGUGAAGCAGAGCUGUCCAGGCUGGCUGGCAUCAAGGGUGAGAAGGGAGAUGGUGGCCAGGAAGGAGCCAUGGGCAGAGCUGGGCUGCCAGGAGACAAGGGUGAGCCAGGUGUGCCAGGGCUCAAAGGGGACAAGGGUGAGCCGUGUGGGCAGUGCCCUCCUGUGCCACAGGCACUGGAAGGGGCAGCGACAGUGCUGGCUGUGCCCGGACCGCCAGGGGAGCGAGGUCAGGUUGGCCCCGCGGGCAAAGUGGGCAGACCUGGUGCCACUGGCCAGAAGGGGCAGAAGGGGGAUGCAGGCAGCCCUGGGGAUCCGGGCACUCCGGGCAUGGCUGGUGUGCCAGGGCUGUCAGGUGAGCCUGGCAUCAGGGGUCCAGCUGGUCCUAAAGGCGAGAAGGGAGACGCCUGUGUGCCCGGUCCAGCUCCUCAUGGGGACGCCUCGGACGUGGUUGGCACCCCAGGAAAACCUGGGGCCAAAGGGGACCAGGGCCCCCCUGGCAUCGGCCAGCCAGGCAGACCCGGGAAGCCAGGGCUGCCAGGGGUCCAGGGCCCCCCCGGGCUGAAGGGGCUGCAGGGUGAGCCAGGACCAGAGGGAAUCGGCCAGCCAGGACCACAGGGGGAGCCCGGGAGCAGAGGACCACCAGGGCCAGCUGGCCCUCCCGGACCCCAGGGACCCCCAGGGAUGGCAGCAGAGAGAGGUGCCAAGGGACCUCCGGGACCCAAAGGUGCCACAGGACCCCCCGGGCCACCAGGAAGCGGUGCCACAGGGCCCCCGGGCCCCAGAGGGCAGCAAGGGCUUCCUGGGGUGCCCGGGUCCAGCGGGCAGCCGGGGGAGAAGGGUGCCCAGGGCGAGAAGGGAGACCCUGGGGAGUGUGCUUGCCCAUCUGGCCCCCGCCAGGACCCCAACUAUGCUGGGAUGCCAGGAGCGCCAGGGCUGUGGACUGGCAUCACCUGGCAGCCUCAGCCGGGUCCACAGGGUCCCCCCGGAGCCCCUGGCCCCCCAGGCCCCCCCGGGGCCCCAGGCCGCCAGGGCAUGCCAGGGCACAACGGUUUGCCAGGACUGCCAGGACCAGCUGGAGACUUGGGGCCGCUGGCAGCCAUGGCUGAGAGGAACAUCGAGGUGCUGAAGACCCUCUGCGGGGACUGUGCCCAGCUGCAGGCAGCCUUGGAAGCCCCCAGCGGUGAGAAGGGGGACGGGGGCAUGCCAGGAGCCCCUGGCAACGAGAACUGUGCCCGGUGCUUUGCCCAGUUCCCAAGAGAGGAGGAGGCUCGGGGUGACAGCCCUGACCCAGGCUGUGCAGGUGACCCUGGGCUGCCAGGGGCUCCGGGCAUCCCUGGGGAGAGAGGCGAGCAGGGCUCACCCGGACUGAGAGGACCCCCAGGGCCACCCGGGCCCAUCGGCCCUCCAGGCUUCCCUGGGACGCCCGGCGCGCCCGGCCUGCCCGGUCUGCAGGGGGAUCGUGGCCCUGCUGGGCUGGCUGGAGCCAAAGGGGAGCCGGGACCUCCCGGGCAGCCUGGCUACCCUGGUGCCACAGGGCCCCCUGGCCUUCCCGGCAUCAAAGGUGACCGAGGCUACGUUGGCCCCCCCGGGGAGAAAGGGGAACUGGGCCCCCCUGGCCUGGAUGGGCUCCCUGGACCCACGGGGCCAGCGGGACCCAGGGGUGAACGAGGGCUGCCAGGCAGUGCUGGAGAGAAGGGGGAGCAGGGCUUCCAGGGCCAGCCUGGCUUCCCAGGACCACCUGGGCCCCCAGGCUUCCCGGGCAAGGUUGGUCCAGCUGGGCCACCAGGACCUGCAGCUGAGAAGGGCAGCGAGGGCAUGCGUGGCCCCACUGGCAUGCCAGGGCCACCUGGACCCCCUGGACCUCCAGGCAUCCAGGGCCCUGCUGGCUUGGAAGGACUGGAUGGCAAGGAUGGCAAGCCUGGGCUGCGGGGUGACCCUGGCCCCCCUGGGCCCCCAGGGAUGAUGGGGCCUCCGGGCUUCAAGGGGAAGACAGGGCACCCAGGUCUGCCAGGCCCCAAGGGUGACUGUGGCAAGCCUGGCCCCCCAGGGAGCAUGGGCAGGCCGGGAGCAGAGGGUGACCCAGGACCCAUGGGACCCCAAGGCCGUCAGGGACCCCCAGGGCUCAUUGGACCCCCGGGCAGCCCAGGGCAGCCAGGUCCUGCUGGCAUGGCUGGAGUGGUGAGUACAGACCCUGCCCCACCACAGCCCCAGGUGCAGGAUGGAGGGGCUGGGUGGGUGCCACGGGCAGUGGGUUUUGGGGGGGGGGGGGGGGGGUCACCAUCCCCACCCUGUGCUGCCCCCCAAUGCUCCUGGCUCCCUCCCACCUCCCUGCAGGGGCUGAAAGGUGAGCGGGGCUCAGCGGGCGAGCGAGGUCUGCCAGGGAUGCCAGGGCAGCCAGGACCCCCAGGCCACCCGGGCCCACCGGGGGAGCAGGGACCAGAUGGACCAGUUGGCAAAGAGGGUCCCCCAGGAAAGCCUGGCACUGCAGGACCCGCUGGGCAGAAGGGUGAAGCUGGAUCCCCCGGGGAGAGAGGUUACCCAGGCGAGAAGGGCAGAGCUGGCAUGCCAGGAGGGCCAGGGAAAAGUGGCUCCAUGGGCCUCGUGGGGCCAAGGGGACCCGCGGGAGAGAGGGGUCCCCCCGGCUCACCGGGCCCCGCGGGCAGCCCAGGGCUGCCAGGCCCCCCGGGGAUGAUGGGAGACCUGGUGAAUUACGAUGAGAUCAAGAGGUUCAUCCGGCAGGAGCUGAACAAGAUGUUCGACGAGCGCAUGGCUUACUACACCUCCCGCCUGCAAUUCCCGGUGGAGAUGGUGGCAUCCCCAGGGAGACCUGGACCCCCAGGGAAGGACGGGCUGCCCGGCCGGCCGGGACCCCCCGGCUCCCCGGGGAUGCCAGGGCAGAUUGGCAGAGAAGGGCGGCAGGGCGUGCCGGGCAUGCGGGGUGAACCGGGUGCCAAAGGAGAGAAGGGCGAGAAGGGCGUGGGGCUGAUGGGGGACAGCGGCCCCCCGGGACCCCCAGGUCCCCAAGGGCCACCAGGCUAUGGGAAGAUGGGUCCCCCGGGCCCUGUGGGGCAGCAGGGCAUCCCUGGCAUCCCUGGCCCCCCGGGUGCCACGGGGCAGCCGGGCAAGACGGGACACUGCAGCCCGGCAGAGUGCAUGGGCGCCAUGCCCCUGGAGCAGCCUCUCUUCCAGCCCAAAAACGUCAAGGGUCCCUUCGGCUGAGGAGUGCCCGUGCCCGCCGUGCCCGCCGUGCCCGCCGUGCCUGCCGUGCCCCCCGCCUUUGCUGUUAAUAUUGUUUCCCCGCUGUGCCGGGGGCUGUGCCUGUCCCGGGCGGGGGGCAGGGGUAGGGUGGGUGUUGUACAGCUCUGUCGCGAUCUAUCGUGAGGGCAGGUGGAUCCUGCCCGGCCCAAUACACCCGUGCUGGUGCCCUCCUGC